AUGCGGGGGCUUCCCAACCCUUCCAACAGCUUGGGGAGUAGGGUGGGAGCAAGAUGGCGCAGGAGCCAGGGCGGCGGCUUGAUCUCCGAGGCCCCGAUGAAACACUCCUUCGUGGGCACAGGCUCCAAGGACAGGCAGCUGUACAAGAAGAGGACCAAAGGCCAGAAGAGGCCACUGCUCCUCAAGAAACCACUUCGGGUCGACCUCAUUUUGGAGAACACAUGCGGGAGCCCUGCCCCCAAAGCCGUCCGCGCCCGGCCCCGACGCCCAGGAGCCCGAGCGGAGAGCAGUCGGGACAAGGUGGCCGAGCGGGGCGAGCUGCCCGAGGUGCGCAGGGCGCAGGCCCGGCCGCGCGGCCCUCCUGCGGCCAAAACCGAACCUGGGCCCCAGGACGCCGCGGGGCGGCCCCUCCGCGGUCCCCGGGCCAGAGAUGAGCCCGGAGCGGCGGCUGGUGGCCCGGAUGCGCCUUUCCUGGAGCGGACCGAGAAGGAGCGAAGCGGCCGCGCGUCCCAGGUGCCUGCCGAGCAGGGGACACCCUCCGGAGCCUCCUGCAACCCCACCUUCGAGGCCCCCCAGGCCCUGCUCUGGGAAGCCCACGCGGUCGAGCUGCAGCGGCCGAAGGAGGCGGAGAAGCUGGAGGCGGAAUGUGCAUUUGAGAUGUGCCCGGGCCGCUGGAAGGCAGCUGGGGAGCGGCCAGGCGAGGGCCAGGACGGGGGCCUGAGGUGGCGGAGACCAGGCCCGGGAGGCACACCCGCCCGCCGGGCAGCAGCGUCGGCGAGAAAGGCCGCCCGAUGCUGCGGGCGCCGGCUGCGGCCCCGGGAGCCCCUCAGGCUGCGUGGCAUCCCGGCCCGGGUGGCACAGCGGCGGGCACGACGAGGGCACAGCGGCUGGCCGAGGCCGACGAGCCCCAGGGCUGGGUACCAGGCCCCCGACAUCGACGUGCGGCUCAGCUCAGAGCUGUCUGACUGCCCCGGACCCCGAAGCUUGAGGGCAACGUCCUCGGCGAUCGGUUCAAGAGCUUCUAGAGAAACAUGA